AGCGGGCCCGGGACCGCGCUGCCCAAACUGCCCCUGCGUGCAGGGUGCAAACGUGCAGGGUGUCUGGGGCUGCCGUAACCACCGUCUCUUUCGCCCACAGCUUUCAUCCUGCGUGAGGUCUCUCCCUGGCCCCUUCCUCUUACCGAGCCCCCGGAGCUUCCCCUCUCCGUGGACGCCAUGAGUAACGCCCCGACGUCUUUGCCCCCGGUGGCCCCCUCCCCGGCCUGCACCCCAGCGCCACGGACAAUCCAGAUUGAGUUUCCUCGGCACAGCUCGUCCGUGCUGGAAACCCUGAACCGCCACAGGUUAGAGGGCAAGUUCUGUGACGUGUCUCUCCUGGUGCAGGGUCGGGAACUGAAGGCUCACAAGGCCGUGUUGGCUGCCGCCUCGCCUUACUUCCAUGACAAGCUGCUUCUGGGGGAUGCGCCACGGCUCACCCUGCCGAGUGUCAUUGAAGCAGAUGCCUUCGAAGGGCUGCUACAGCUCAUUUACUCAGGACGCCUCCGCCUGCCCCUCGAUACUCUGCCAGCCCACCUCCUUGUGGCCAGUGGCCUCCAAAUGUGGCACGUCGUUGAUCAGUGCUCAGAAAUUCUUAAAGAACUAGAAGUCUCAGGGGGUGGGAUUUCAGGCGGUGGAGCAACCUCUUACCACACACUGCUUUCCACUACAUCCUCCCCAGGGGGCUGGUGCGUUCGGUCUCCCCCUUUCCAGACUCCAGUACAGCCAUCUCCCUCUACAGAGAGUCCUGCUGUAGGAGAGGGCGGUGACCUGGGAGAGGUAUUACAGAUUCAGGUAGAGGAAGACGAGGAAGAAGAUGAAGAGGAGGUGGUCCAAGGGUCAGAAGCACUGUCUCAGACCUCGAAGCCUCAGAGUGUGUCAGGAAGUUUCCCCAGCCUUCCUGCACCCCACCCCUCACCCAAAGCAGCUACUCCCUGCAAACUUCCAGAGGGUGCGAGUGCUCCACCAGCGCCUCUGAGCACUCCUACAGCAUUACCCUGUAAAAUCUUCUACAUAAAGCAGGAACCCUUGGAGCUUGAGGAUGUAUCAGGAGGUGGAACUCCGUCUAGAGGAACAAAGGAGGAGACCAAAGUGUUGCCUGGAGGGGACACCGAAAGGGAUGGGGAGCUAGUGUUCUUGAUGCCCUCAGGAACCGGAGCACCAUCGGAGGGAGGAGGCCCAUCCUGGAAACCAGUGGAUCUUCAUGGGAACGAAAUCCUAUCAGGAGGUGGAGGACCUGGGGGAGCAGGACAAGCUGUGCAUGGACCCGUGAAACUAGGGGAAGCACCGCCCCCCGCUGAUGGAAAGCGUUUUGGCUGCUUGUGCGGGAAGCGGUUUGCCGUGAAGCCCAAGCGUGACAGACACAUAAUGCUGACCUUUAGCCUCCGGCCCUUUGGCUGUGGCGUCUGCAACAAGCGUUUCAAGCUGAAGCACCAUCUGACGGAGCACAUGAAAACCCACGCUGGAGCCCUGCAUGCCUGUCCCCACUGUGGUCGUCGGUUCCGAGUGCAUGCCUGCUACCUUCGCCACCGGGACCUUUGUAAGGGCCAGGGCUGGGCCACUGCUCAUUGGACUUACAAGUGAUUGCUGAGGCCGGACACUGACUUUCAGGGCAAGAGAGCCAUGCUCCUGCUGGGUGCUUUCUCCUUACUACCGCGACACUUCGGUCCUGCAUCUUGUAAUCAUUCCAAGGGGAUAGAUAUAUUAUGGGUCUGUGUGUGACUUCUUAGGUGUGGACUUUAGCUUGGUGCUUUGGAAACUCAGAUUUCUCUUCUCCAGGUUUUUGCUAAUUACUUCUAGACCCACUGCCAUCAAUGCAAUUCUAGCUCAUUGUGAUCCUAUGUGGGGUUUCUAAGACUUAAAUCUUUACUGGAGCACGUAACCUAAACUCUUUUCCACAGAGCAAUUAGUGGGUUUGGACCACCAACCUUGCAGUUAGUAUCUAACACUUAAACCAGCAGUGGUUUACGGGUCAUAUUUAAAGUGAUCACUUGCCCACAAUGGGCUGGGCUCCACUUUCCUAGUGUGACAUCCAUUGGAUCCGUAAGGAUCCAAAUCUCAGAACAGCAGAUUAUUUGGCAAGAGCAAAAGACCGUGAUAAGAUUCAUUCAGUCUCUGAAGAGUUAAAGGAACCAGCCUCUCUGGGGUUACCUUUAAUUCAGUGUGUGAAUAAUUCAAUAACCAAGCGUCUGUCAUCCACUGCUGGAAUGAUGUGAACAGAGGUCGUCUUCUGUACCUUACUUUGUUGUAUCUUUCCAGAAGCUCCAUAGAUUGUGACUCACUAGUAGAUACCUUCCCAACUUUUAUGUUGUACGUUGUAGUUGAGCACUUUAACAAAUCAAACAUUCCAUGUGUCAUUCCUUGCACGCUCUCUACGAGGACAUUCCCUCAGUAACCUGUGCCUCUUUUCUACCUUUCACCAUCACUAAUCACUCCUGUAUUGAUCGCAGUGACUAGCAUGUGCUUGGACUCAGGAGAUGCCACUGACCCAAGACUCUCAGGGUAGCACUAGUGCUCUCUGAACAAGUUGAUGUGGGCAGAACUCAGGGCUGAGUUAGCACAUGUUAAAGUCUAGAGGGUGACUGUAUACUGGGACCAAACUCUUUCUCUCCCACCUAUACACCUAGCCAUGUUGAAGGGUGAGGGGUAGACAGUGAGAUGUUGCAAGUUACUUAAUUUCUUCAAAUAAAUUUUACCCUGAAAUCUAAACUGA